AUACGAUGCAACAAGUAGCCAAAACAGUGGCAAAGGUAGAGCUGUCAGACCAUGUAUGUGAUGUCGUGUUUGCCCUUUUUGACUGUGAUGGAAAUGGAGAGCUGAGCAAUAAGGAAUUUGUUGCUAUCAUGAAGCAGAGGCUUAUGAGGGGUUUGGAGAAACCCAAAGACAUGGGCUUCACACGGCUCAUCAGGGCUAUGUGGAAGUGUGCUCAAGAGACCGCCUGGGAUUUUGCCAUGCCCAAGCAAUAAUCACCAGAAGACAAGAGAGCCUGGCUGCACCACCAAACUGGCAAGAAUCUUGAAUUCUCCUGCCUUCCUCUGCAUCGUGAUAGAUGCUCCACGAUGGAAGGUCUUCUUCAGUGGAGGGACUGUUCUUCAUUACAGCACUGAAAGACAUACCUUGGGAGGCAAAGACUGUUGAGCCACACGGCUUACUUCAAAACACCUAAGCAGAAAUUUGAGUCCACUCUGACAUUUAUCUUGAUAGUUGGUUUGCUUACUGACCUGCAAACAUGUUUCUGUUUUCCAUUAAGUUUUCUUUUUUUGUCUCUGGAUGACCAAACCAAAUCCUUUGUUACGUAGGUUUGAAUAUUCCAUCUCUAAUAUCUCUAGUAGAAAAUGGCCAAGCAAGGAUGGUUCAGUGGACAGUACAUCAGUAGCAGACUGAGUAGAAGGGAUUUGUUGGAUCAAAACAAAACAAAAAUCAGUAGACUGAGCGUUUCCUCUUAUCCAGUACCCCAAAAUUGAUCUGAAGCAUUUGAAAGAUAAAGUGGGGAGGGGGAUCAUGAUAAAUGGAUCCUGACAUUCAGAAAUCCUUGCAAAAUGUCCAGAUAUAGACUCUUUUCUCAGUUGUCUGAGUUUCAAAGCAGAAGGCAGGUGGGAUGUUAAUAUGAAGAAAUUUCUGCAACAGGGCUCAUUCAGCAAAAAUCUGCCUUUGCAUUUUAUUAUGGAUAAAACUGAAAAAUAUUGAAGAAGAGAAUGUUUCUUGGUUAAUGUUUCUUUGUUGUUUUUUAAAUACAGGGUUAAAUAUAAUGUUCUUCUCAUUUCUCAUUCCCUAAGAGUUACCUUGGACUUUGACCCUUAUCAAUGUAUGCAUUUCUGUCUGUAAUUUUUCCUACUUAUGAUCUUACACGAUUAGCCCUUAAAACUGCUUUUUACAGAGAUUUGAGUGCUUGUAAAAUAUUAUUCCAAUUACAAUAG